GCGCUCGCCCCGAACCUGGCUAUGAGUAGGGGAGGCGGGGGACGAGAGCGGCUGAGAGGCACCACGAUGCAGGAUGACAUCAGAUUCGCUUCAGCUGGCGAUGAUAUUAAAAUAUGGGAUUCCUCAUCCAUGACUGUGGUGGAGCAGUUCAAUCCCCAUAGUACCACACACCCUGUAUCAUCCUUGUGUUGGAGCAGUAACAAUCUUUUUCUGGUCACCGCUUCUGGCAGUGGUGAUAAAAUUGUUGUUUCAAGUUGCAAGUCCAAACCUGUUCCUCUUCUGGAGUUAGCAGAGGGGAAAAAGCAGACAUGUGUGAAUCUCAACUCCAGCUCCCAGUAUAUGGUCAGUGGAGGCCUCGAUAACACUGUGAAUAUCUGGGAUUUAAAGUCUAAAAGACUACAUCGAUCCUUGAAGGAUCACAAAGAUGAGAUCACUUCAGUUACGUUUAAUGGGAAUGACAGCUAUAUUGCCUCGGGCUCUAUGAGUGGUGAAAUUGUAUUGCAUAAUGUUACUACCAAUUUAUCCAGUGCACCAUUUGGCCACGGCAGCAAUCAGCCAAUUCGACAUCUAAAAUACUCCUAUAUAAAGAAGUUUCUACUUGGUGCAGCAUCGGACAGUGGCAGCGUGAUGCUAUGGGAUGCACACAGCCAAAAUCCAGUACAUAUGUUUGACAGUGCUCACAAGGCCCCUGCAUCAGGAAUCAGCUUCUCUCCCGUAAAUGACCUUCUGCUUGUGACCAUUGGAUUAGAUAAAAGAAUUAUUUGUUAUGAUGUGUCCAGAAAAAUUCUUCUGCAGACCGUAGUAACUGAUUCACCUCUGACUGCUGUCGACUUCAUGCCUGAUGGAGCAACACUGGCAGUAGGCACAUCACGUGGAAAAAUUUACCUUUACGAUUUAAGAAUGUUAAACUCACCGAUCAAAUCGGUGAAUGCCCAUAAAACUUCUGUGCAGUGCAUUCAGUUUCAACACAGCAGCACACACAAAUCCAGCAAAAGUUCAAAUAAGCCUUCCUUGGUAUCCGCAAAUGUAGCAAAGAAAGUGCCGACCAAGUCAACUCAUACCGUAAAAGACUUACCGGCCAGUUUAGCAGCACCAGCACUUACACAAGCAGCAGUGACGGUGGAUAGUAGGGGUCUUGAAAUGAAUAAUGCCAAACCUGGUAUUCCACAUAGCACAAGUCUUGAUGUAAUACCAUCAAAAGAAACAGACUUUGCUAAGACAUCAGACUUAAAAUCAGUAGAUUCUUUUGGAAGAAGUAGUCUGGGUGACAUAUUUUCUCCAGUACGUGAGGAUGCUUUACACUUGAGAGUAAUGGAAGAGUUUGCAUCUAAAGGAAACGACCUUGAUUAUUUGGCUCAGUUCAGUGCAAUACCUUCAAGACGGCAUCCCGUAGGUUCCAAUAAUCAAGGGAUUCAUUCCUCACCUUUACACUUAAUUAUUGGAAGUCCUAUUAAAGAAGAAGAUGAGUCACAAGAUGCGGAAUAUAAAAGCAGAAAACCAUACAUUGUAAAACAGGAUUUAAAAGAGAAUAUUGUUAAACAGCCUUCAAAACCAGCAAGCUGUGAACAAAUAGCCAUUAAUACAUCACCUGUUCCCAUUUCUCGGACCCCAGACGCAAGUGAAAGAAUGGGAAAGCAAGCUCCAUCCCAGUUGAAACAAGACUUUUCAGUUAAUGGCACAAAAGUAUUAAGUCCAAAGAUGUCUAACUCUGUGAGUUCUGAAGUUGCCUGUUCUCUAUCAGAAAAAAUAGCAGAUUCAUUGUCAAGUGAGAAAUCUGGAGCCCCGCUAACAUCUGUUCAAAUUAAUUUCAUUAGAAAUAUGAUUGAAGAAACCCUUGAUGACUUCAGGGAAGCAUGUCACCGAGAUAUUAUCAAUUUACAAGUAGAGAUGAUAAAACAGUUUCAUAUGCAGUCGAGUGAAAUUCAAACGUUAAUUGACAGAUACUCAGUGAAUGAAAACUUAGUCGCCGAGAUAGAAAAGCUUCGGGAAGAGAAUAAAAGGUUAAAAGCUCACUAUUAAGAUGAUGGACUUUAAGCUGAAAGGAGUGUUUUAAAUGCUUUUUCAUCUAUCUUUGUCAUAUUUAUAGGAUUACUUAUUUGGCAAUAAUGUCAUUCAGUGUUUUGUGUGCAACAAGGAUUGUCAUCUCUCUUUCCCCUAUUAAAUAGGGACGUACUGUCACUGGGCAACAAACACUGGAGCCACGGAAGCCCUGUAAGAGGGAGCAGAUGGUUGGUUUACAGCCAACUCAUCCACAGUACCUUCAAUUGUAGCAGGUCGGUAACAUGAACCUUCUUACAAAGGUUUUGUGGUUUCACAAGUACAUUUUUCAUUGCACCAUACCUAUCCCCUUUAAGAAAUCAAUCAAAUAGGCCUGGACAGCAGAGGUGACAUCCCUUACCACACAUUAUAGGGGGUUUUCCAGGAAUAAAAUAUUGAUGGCUAAUUCUCAGGACUCCCAGCACACCCACAAUCAGCUUUUUGAAGAGGCCAGAUGAGUGCUGUGGCACUGAUCGGCGGGGGUAAUGGGAGUAGGAACUAAGGAUAGGUAAUUUGUAUUGUGCUUAUGGAAAACCCCUUUAAACACUUUGUCUGUGAAUGAUGUACCACACAUGGAAAAGAUCUGUGGUAAUGGAAGCACAAUGUAGAUGAAUCUGUCUAGAAAUAUGGCAAAUGUGGAAAUGCAGUAUUGGAUUGUAUACCAAACAUGAAUUAUGCAAUAAGCGCUUAACGUGACAACAUUAUACUGUUUCCCCCCAACCUAUAUUGUAGCACCUUGGCUGAGCAGAAUUGUCAUCUAAAGCAAUAAAGGUCUGGGAUUUACAAUAAUGUUGACAUGUGAUGUAAAUGUUUACUUUAAUACAGUACCGAAGUGCCUGUUUUUUUAUAUCCACAAUAGGCUCAGUUUAGUGUUUAAAGGGCAUCUGUCAGCAGAUUUGUACCUAUGAAACUGGCUGACCUCUUCAUGUGCACUGGUCAGCUGAAGACAUCUGUGUUGGUGCCAUGUUCAUAUGCGCCCGCAUUGCAGAGAACCUACAUGCUCUGCCCUCUCUACAACUCCCGCACCCUCUCUACUUUGAUUGGCAGGGCCAGGCAGUAAAAAUGUCAUCACACCUGGCCCUGUCAAUCAAAGUGGAGAGGGUAAGGCAGUUGCAGAGAGAGCAGAGCCUUUUAGUUUGAUGGCGACGCCUCUGUUUCUCCUAGAGGCUCAUUUGUAUAUAUUAAAACAUCGUUGUAGCACACGUGCAACAGAUCAGCCAGCUUCAUAGGUAUAAAUCUGCUGACAGAUGCUCUUUAAAAUGCAUACUCUACUGUUGUCAUUCUGGUAAUUCAUGAUGAUAAUAUUUCACGGAUUGUUUAAUAGAAAUGCCUUUAAACCAGUAACAUUUUUGUAAACAUCUUGUCUUUAUUUUGAUAAUAAAGUUGAAGCUGUGUGUUUUUUGCAGCAGUACAGCAUAAAUGCUUUUUUUGUACUUUUUUUUUGUAGUUUUACAUGUCAGAAGCUACCCCUGGCGCCAUGUGUUUUCUUGUUAUUUUGGUGUGAAACCGCCUUGUUAGAAUUGUUCUAAUUAACUUAAACUUUUAUUUGGAAUCUGAUAUGGAAAGUAAUUUUAUUUAAAUCAUAAAUAUAAAUGCCGUUUUAAUCCUCUUCAGCACUACAUCAAUAUUAUGUAAUAAGAGAAGAAAUGGUACCGUGGCUAAGUCUGAUUGAUGUCUAGUCAAGCAUGAUAACAAAAAUUAAAAGGUGUACCUAGAGAAUCGCAGUGCCUUUAUACUGAUAUU